AUGAUUCCUGGAGGUGAAUUGAAAUAGUAUCUGCAUGAAAUCAAAGAAAAUUGUCCACCUUUACAACACUUGAAUUAUAGUCAUAAAAAAUCGUUUAAACAAAGUUUAGACUAGAUUACAUAAAAGAUUCCAAUUGUAAAAUCUAUUCAUAAACUUCGAUAAGAGUAAGAGCAGAAGAUAUAUUAAAACAUUUAAAAAAUGAGCAGGGUGAAUUUAAUGCAUGAAAUCAAUAAAGUCAAUCCUAAUUUGCAUCGUGAAUUAAAACUGAUUCCUUAUGAAUCGCUUACUAUUAAAUAUGUUGAAUGCAAAUAACAAUAACAUGAGAAUCAUAAUGAAUUGCUAUCAGAUAAUAGUUAUAAUAAAUAUACAUAAUAAUAAUAACAACAUUUAGAACAACAUGGUUCUGGACUCAAAAUAUUCUAGCAUAGAUUAUACAUAAGAAAUAUAAUGGAUGAUUACGAACAGGAUGACACUAAUAUUAGCGAUUCUUAUAUCAAUAAAUAUUUGGAUCUGAAUUGA